CCUGCAAAAACUAAACAAAAGUCUGAAAAAAAACCUGAAGUAAUCACUGUUGAUUCAGAAGAUUUAAAUGAAAGCAAUUUUAAAGAAAUUUCAGAAGCUAAUAAACUUAAAUAUCAAGAGCAACAUUUAGCACUAAAAAAACAUGAGUUGGAUUUAAGAGAACAUAAAGCAAAGAUUCAUUUAAUUGAAUUAGCAAACCUUGAAAAAGAACAAAAAUUGAAAUCUACAAAUUAA